AUGGCAUCUCUCAGAGUUGUGGCAGCCUGUUGGCUUUUGUGCCUGGCAGCUGCAAAAUCAGAAUGUCGAAGCAGCAGCGAGGGAUCAACCUUCGUUCAAAGCCGGACUUCCCUCUCACGUUCUUUGGCCAAUACAUCAGCCCGCAUGCCACCCAACGAGAACUGCUGCAACGAUGCUGGCGACCCAGCCGCGUGCCAUGCCUUGCAUGACGUCCCCUUUCAAUAUGAGAAUGUCGGAGGCAUUACGCGAAUGAAAUGCCCCAACAGUGGCACUGAUUGUGCCUUCGACCAUUGUGUUGGUGGCACUGGGGUCGACUGCGUGGGUGUGCCAUACGAUCUUGACUUCGGCGUCAUGGGGACUCUGUCUGUCAACCUGGUAGCACCACAAGACAACGGCGACGGAACCGUCACCCUGAAGACAAGUGUCGGAUCGAUUCUGCAUGACCUCUGCUGUAUGGAGCAUCAGUCCGGGGCUUUCUGCCACAGCAGCAACUAUCCCAUCGGAGCCACCAUCAAUGUUCUUGGCAAUGCGAACAACAACUGCGCCUGCCUCAUGGAGUGGCGCAAGGCUGCUUGGAACGUGCUGCGAGGUCGGUAUUGGUUGGCUACGUUUACGAAGGCAGCGCAAAGCCAGGAUAUGACGCCGGACACAUCUGUGCAGCGCAAGUCUUACUUGCCCAAAGGUUCCGGCACCAACUACGAGAGCUACAAGAGCACAUGGGGCCUGACUGAAAGGAAAGCCACUUCUGUCCUCUGUGCACCGGGGGGAACAAGGCUGGAUUGUCCCUCGGAGGACAAUAACUGCAAGGUGCCGUGCGUCGGGACCUAUUGCAAGGCUUGUGCCACGGGAUGCGCAUCUCGACAUCGAAAGCGGUGGAACAAGGAUGGCCGUGAUCAUGCAAACGCUGGCGACUCCGACUAUUGCUGCAGUGGGCAGUUCAAGGAGGUGUAUUGGUCACUUGCCAACACCCGCUACGGCACCUGCGCUUGA